AUGACUACAGACGUGAAAGAACCUGUUCUCGAUACUGAGCUUGGUGUACUCAACAGCACCCCAGCAGAUCCAUACCUCGUCGCUUUCAAUGAGCUCGACAGUGAUAAUCCCAAGAACUGGCCCGAAAAGCGGAAAUGGGCGGUAACAAACGUCCUCUCCAUAACAGGCUUUAACCGCAUCCUCGUCUCUACAGUAAUGGCACCCGCACUCUCCGUCAUUGCCAAGGACCUCGACAUGACCGCUACCCAAUCCGUCAUGGCCCUGAGUAUCUACCUUUUAGCAACUGCCUUUGGUCCUCUGGUCAUUGGACCCUUGUCUGAGGUCUAUGGACGCAAGACAAUUCUUCACGUCUCCAAUAUCUGGUUCCUCGUUUGGAAUCUUGCGUGCGGGUUUGCAAACUCGAAGGAGAUGCUUAUCGGUACACGCUUCCUCGCUGGCUUUGGCGCAAGUGCUGUUUAUGCUCUUGGAGGCGGUGUUCUGGGCGACAUCUGGCGUCCUGACCAGCGUGGCAAGUCUCUUGGAUGGUACUCUGUCAUUCCUCUCAUCGGCGCCGCAACCGGCAAGUCCAAACUUCAUUCCUUUGGAGAUCACGUCACUAACUUUAACAAAAGGCCCUAUCAUUGGUGGCUUCAUGACUGA